AUGAACGAUGAACGAGGCAAAGGUACCACUAGAGUUUGCUUCUUUGAAAAGGAUGGUCUACUGGUUAGAAAAUUCACGACUCCGAAGAUUAACUAUGGAAAAUCUCUGAACCAAAUAGUUGUUCCAAGGAAGUUGAGGAAUAAGAUAAUGGAAGUGGCGCACGAAUCAAUGAUGGGAGGCUAUAUGGGAACUAAAAAGACAAAAGACAAGAUUCUUCAAGCCUUCUAUUGGCCCGGCAUGAACGGAGAUAUACGCCGGUUUUGCAGGUCAUGCGACAUCUGCCAGCGCACCAUUCAAAAGGGGAGAGUACCGAUCGCGCCCCUGGAGCGCAUGCCCUUGGUCGACGUCCCCUUUAAAAAGGUAGCUGUAGAUUUAAUUGGCCCAAUUUUACCGGCAAGUGGAAGAGGGCAUCGCUACAUAUUGACGCUUGUGGAUUACGCAACGAGAUAUCCUGAGGCAGUGCCAUUAAAAGGAAUCAGUACGGAAGAAGUAGCUGAGGCCAUGGUUGAUAUGUACAGUCGGCUUGGCAUACCUGAAGAAGUAUUGAGUGAUAUGGGCACACAGUUUAUAUCGGAGUGUAUGCAAGAAGUCGAAAGGCCACUACGGAUACGUCACUUAUCAACAACGCCUUAUCAUCCGAUGUGCAAUGGUCUUGUUGAACGUUUCAAUGGGACGCUAAAGCGUAUGUUAAGGAGGCUCUGCAGCGACCAACCAGCUCAAUGA